AUGGCCAUCUGGAACCGUAGCAGCACCUCGUCCGACGAGCCGAAGGUGGCUCGCGAUGCCGAGUUCGGCGGCAAGACCGAGUAUGAGGCGCACGCUUCCUACGAUCCCGCCGAGGGCGAGGUCCAGCAGGCGGGCGAGAAGCAGAACUUGCACCGUGGUCUGGAGGCCAGGCACAUCACUAUGAUUGCCAUUGGUGGUGCAAUUGGUACCGGUUUGAUCAUUGGCACUGGCAAGGCUCUGGCGCAGUCCGGCCCUGCUUCGAUCCUGAUUUCGUACACUUUCGUCGGUCUUCUCGUCUUCGCCGUCAUGGCUGGUCUCGGUGAAAUGGCUGCUUGGCUCCCUCUUGGAUCUGGUUUCUCUGGCUAUGCCAACCGCUUCGUGGAUCCCGCCCUUGGCUUUGCUCUCGGCUACACGUACUGGUUCAAGUACAUUAUUGUUACUCCCAAUCAGCUCACGGCUGCCGCGCUGGUCAUCCAGUAUUGGGUAACAGCGGACAAAGUGAACCCGGGUGUAUUCAUCACUGUCUUCUUCGUUGUGAUCGUCUGCAUCAACUACUUCGGCGUCAAAUUCUUCGGUGAAUUCGAAUUCUGGCUCAGCAGCUUGAAGGUCGUCGUUAUUGUCGCUUUGAUCCUCCUGUCCCUCAUCCUGGCACUCGGCGGUGGGCCCACCCAUGACAGGACGGGCUUCAGGUACUGGAAGGAGCCGGGAGCGUUCAAGGCGGCGUAUGUCGGUGGCGACGCCGGCAAGUUCCUUGGUUUCUGGAGCUCCAUGAUCAACGCUGUCUUCGCCUACCUGGGCACUGAGCUCGUCGGUGUCACUGUUGGCGAGGCUCAGAAUCCCAGGCGCACCAUCCCUAAGGCCAUCAAGCUGACCUUCUACCGUAUCCUCUUCUUCUACUGCUUGUCGGUCCUGCUCCUUGGAAUGAUCGUCCCCUACGAUUCGGAUCUCCUUUCUUUCGCCAACAAGGCAGGCAACAGCGCUGCUGCUUCUCCUUUCGUUGUGGCCAUCACGAUCGCCCAAAUCGACGCUCUCCCCGGUAUCCUGAACGGCUGUAUUCUGCUCUUUGUCUUCUCGGCCGCCAACUCGGAUCUGUACAUCGCUUCGCGUACCAUCUACGGUCUCGCUAGCACCGGCAAGGCGCCGAAGAUCCUGGCCCGCACUGACAAGCGUGGCGUUCCGGUCUACGCCCUCGGACUCUCCUCGUGCUUCUGCCUGCUGGCGUACAUGAACGUUUCGGACGACUCGAAGAAGGUGUUCGGCUACUUCGUCAACCUGGUGACCAUCUUCGGCCUGCUCACGUGGAUCUCGAUUUUGGUGACGCACAUCUACUUCGUCAAGGCGCGCGAGGCGCAGAACGUGCCCAAGGAGACGCUGGCGUACGUGUCGCCGUUCGGCAUUUGGGGCAGCUACAUCGCGCUCGGCUUCUGCAUCCUGAUCGCCUUCACCAAGAACUUCAGCGUCUUCAUCCACAGCGAGGAUUACGGCGACUUCGACUACAAGAACUUCAUCACCGGCUACCUUGGCAUCCCGCUCUACAUCAUCAUGAUCUUCGGCUGGAAGUGGUGGCACAAGACCGAGGGCAUCAAGGCGUCGGAGGCCGACCUCUGGACCGGCAAGGAUAUCAUCGACCGCGAGGAACAGGAAUUCCUGGCCCAGCAGGCGGCGAACAACAAGGGAGGAAAGACGUUCUACUCGAGAUUCGUCUCUUGGUUGUUCUAA